AGGCUAAAAAAUUAAAAAGAAGAAAACACCGUAGCCUGUUUUGACUUCCGCCAGGUAGCGCCAGCUAGGGAAGUAGCCCAGAAACUUUAAAAGGUGUUUCAUUUAUUAUAAAUACGAGCUUCAGCAUGCCAGGAUGGGCAGGUGGUCCAGCACACUCCAGCAGGACAGUGUAACCAAACUUAGAGUGACUCGCUGACACUCCACCUAGUGCCAAGUGUAGAUGAGGCAGUCUCAAAGAUGCAGCAGCCUAUUGACAGAUCUAUUUUAAAGGUGCACCUUCCCAAUGGGGGCUUUAACAUGGUCAAGUAUGGGGACGCCACUGAUGUUAAGGACAUCAUUCGGCUGGUUGUGGGCCGUCUGGCCGCCGGGGAUCGCUUCUUCGCACGAUGUUUUGCCUUGAAGCUGGUGGUCAUAUCCCAGCGCCAGGGGUUCUGGCUCCACAACGACCUGAGCAUGUACCAGGUCAGGCAGAAGUAUGAAGCUAAGAGCAUGCCAGAUGAUCUCAGAUAUGAAUUGAGGGUGCGAUACCUGCCUAAAAGUUUUCAAGAGCUUCAUCAACGAGAUAAAGUUACAUUUUAUUACCUUUAUGAUCAGGUGAGGUCAGAUUACCUGAAGGAGAUAGCAGAUCUGGUGGAGCCAGAGAUUGCCAUCAGACUGGGAUGUAUUGAAAUGAGACGUUUUUUUAAAGACAUGCCUCAAGUUGCCUUAGACAAGAAGUCGAAUUUUGACUACCUUGAAAAAGAAGUUGGUUUAAAACGCUUCUUGCCCAAAUCUGUGAUAGACAGCACGAAGUCCAAAGCCCUUCGAAAAGUUAUUCAGCAGCAGUUCCGCCUCUAUGCUCAACUGACUGAGUCGGAGUGUGUUUUUAAAUUUUUCGACACAUUAUUCACUGUGUACAGUUUUAACCAUGAAAAGUUCCGAUGUGCCUUGGGGUCGAGCUGGAGUAUUUCUGUAGAAAUUGUGAUAGGUCCUGAUGUAGGGAUUAGUUAUUUAACAGAAAAAGCCUCUACGCCGACCCACAUGGCAGAGUUCAGCCAAGUUCAGUCCAUUCAGACCAUGACUGGGGAUGACGGCAAAGGUGUGGUCCAGUUAAAAAUUGUUGGAGCCUCCGAGCCUUUGACCAUCACAUGCAAGACGUUAGAUGAGGCGGAGGAUAUGGCUGACCUGAUAGAUGGAUAUUGUAGGCUGGUGCAUGACAUGCAGAGGACGCUCUGGACUAAACGAGAUGACAGCAUUCCCAGGACGCCGAAGAUCAGCUACCCUAGAGGAGGUGGAGGUGGCAGAAAUGAGGAUGUUUUUUCAGGAAAUGAAAGGAUAUCGGACUAUGCUGAGAUUGUUGAAGAAGAGGAUGAUUAUAGUACACCAGAUGGAAAACCUAAAAAGAAAAGUGUUCGCAGAAAGACAAGAGAUUACGAGAUCCCCAGAGACCACAUCAGACUGGUGGAGAUACUGGGUGAGGGACAGUUUGGGGAUGUUUACAAGGGGAUGUACUUUGACAAGGAAGGGAUGCAGGUACCUGUGGCUAUUAAAACCUGCAAGGAAGAUGGAGAGGAAACCAUGACAGAAAAGUUUUUAGAGGAAGCCUGUAAGUACGGGGGAUUGUUUGGCUUGCAGUCACUAGCAGUUUAA